AUGGCAACAACGUUAACGUGCCACACUGAAUCGCUAUGGCGGGUCCGCCUUGGCUCGGCGCUGAGGACGAGUCUAGCGUGUAUUAUAGUUGGCUGCUCAACCCUUUACGGGCCGGAGCCUCUCCGGCGAAUACCGGCAUUUCCAGCUUUUUCUUACUUGACUACAAUACUGAUUGUGUCUGAUGCUACGCUUGGUGGCACUCUUAAAGGGUGCUGGAAUGCUUUGUUUGCCACCGUGCAAUUUAUGCUUCUUUCAAUAUUAAGCUUGCGGAUGAUCGGACCCGAGAGGUUCACCAGUGGGGUGGCGGCGGCCGUGGUGGCGGUUACCGCCUUUGUUGUUGCGUUGCCUGAGAAGACUGAUUUGAUGGCUAAGCGGAUUGCGUUCGGGCAGAUUGUGAUUGUGUAUGUAGGUGCAGUUAUUCAAGGGGCAGAGACUGGUGUUGUGAUGCACCCAAUUCAUGUGGCAUCGAGCACUGCUCUUGGUGCCUUGGCUUGUGUUUUCGCCAUGAUAAUUCCUUAUCCCCGGCUAGCUUACUAUGAGGUUAGGAAAGCAUGCAGAUUAUAUGCUGAAAAUGCUUCACAAAGAUUCAAUGUCUUGGUAAAGGCGUUUUGUGCAAAAGAUAAAACUACGGCCGUCGACUCCAUUUUGGAAGCCAAAUCUCUCUUAACAGCAGGCGCCAGACUGCUUUUGAGUAUCAAAGACAAAGAGGAUGCCAUAUCAUGGGAGAGGCCUCAAAUCAGAAUGUUGAAAUCCAAAUGUAUAAACCCAGGAGAAAAAUUGCAAGAACUGGAAAUACCAAUUAGAGGAAUGGAGUUGGCUCUGAAUUCUUGCCGUUCCUUCCCUGUUGGCAUGGUUGAUGAAGAAGUUAGAGAUGUUUUGGAAACUUUGAAAGCACAGAUUGGCCUUAAACUAGAGAAAGCUAAAUGUUAUGCGUCAUUUGAUGCAGCAACAGCUCCCAAGAUCAACAAAAAAUGCCCAGAGAAUUCCCUGUGGACCCUCGGAACCAUUUCAUCAACCGAAGAUGCUCCUGCUUCAUUCUUCUUUUACUGUAUAGAACUCCUCCGAAAUGGCUUUCCCAUUGCCACAAAUUCUGAGAGCGUUGGCAAGCAUGAAAAGAAAACUUCAACUAAGGACUUGAGUGGUCCGCAAAAUCUAGGAAGAAGUAUGAAUUUACUCAAAAGGGCUCUUUUCAUGUUACGAAGCAGUGAGAGCUUCAUUUUUGCACUAAAGUGCUCAGUUUCUCUUGGUCUUGCUGUCUUCUUCGGGUUGGUUUAUAACAGAGAGGAGGGUUACUGGUCAGGACUGAUGAUUGCAAUCAGUUUUGCAAGAAACCGUCAAGCGACAUUCACAGCUGCAAAUGCUCGAGCCCAAGGAACAGUGAUGGGAUCGGUCUACGGAAUACUCUGUUGCUUUAUGCUCCGAAAAAUCGAGGAUUUGAGGUUCCUACUGGUGCUGCCGUGGAUCAUUUUCACUAGUUUCUUGAAGCAUAGUAGAAUGUAUGGUGAAGCUGGUAGCAUCUCAGCUGUUAUAGGAGCAUUAUUGAUCUUGGGUAGAAGAGAUUAUGGUUCUCCUACUGACUUUGCUAUUACUAGAAUCACAGAGGCUACCAUCGGAUUGAUAUGUUCCAUCGUGGUUGAAGUCCUCUGUCAGCCCACCAGGGCUGCAACUCUGGCGAGAACUCAACUUGCAAAUACCUUGGAGGUGCUUCACGAAGGCAUUAAGGAUAUAACUCUUCCUGACAAGAAGAGCAUGUCAACUAAUUCUACAGCACUGGGAGAGAAACAUAAUAGAGUGAAAUCACAUGUUCUGAAAUUAGAGAACUUCAUUGCAGAAGCGGAGUCGGAGCCUAACUUCUGGUUCUUGCCUUUUAAUGUUACUUGCUACAGGAAGCUCCUGGGAUCUUUAUCAACCAUGGUAGACCUCUUACUCUUUGUAGCUUACAAAAUUGAAUCUCUCUCGCAAGCCUCAGAGAGGUAUGGAGUUGCUUGGGACGAGUUCCGUGAACAAAUAAAUGAGGAACUGGAGAUUUUCAAUGAAAAAAUUGGGUAUUCGCUGAAAUGCUUUAAGGAGGUGAUCUGGACCAAAUCCCUCGUGACACUUGCAGAAGAGCUGCAAGAGAGAAACGUAUCUUACGACAUCGAAUUGGGAAGAUUACCAAAUGAGGAUGUGCGUAGGAGUGUGAGUCCUAAUGAAGAAGAUAUCCUUGAUAUUUUAAGCUCAUUUCUACAACAUUCAAAUGAUGUGGCUAACAAAAUCAACACUGACGAAGGUGUAAAGCUUAAGAGCCAAAUAGUUGUUUGCUUGAAUGGCCUUGGGUUCUGCAUCAGUAGCCUGAUGAGGGAAACAACGGAACUAGAGAAAGAACUCAAAGAACUACUAAAAUGGGAAUAUCCGACUAGGAAUAUUAAUCUGUACGAAAUUUCCUCUCAGCUUAAUGCUUUCGUGUGA